CAUUAAUGCAGCGCGCCUGACAAGCGGUCCUAGGUGGCUGUUACCUGGACCGUUACAUCGUGCUGAGAUAGCCGGGCCAUCGUGUUUCAACGCAGGACGUUACCGCUGAAACCAACAUGUCGGCCAGCGCGGUGUACGUGCUGGACCUGAAAGGGAAGGUGCUGAUCUGCCGGAACUAUCGGGGAGACGUAGACAUGUCAGAGAUCGAGCACUUCAUGCCCAUCCUGAUGGACAAGGAAGAGGAGGGAAACCUAUCUCCCAUCCUGGCCCACGGAGGAGUCCGCUUCAUGUGGAUCAAACACAACAACCUGUACCUUGUAGCGACGACUAAGAAAAACGCCUGUGUCUCCCUGGUUUUCUCUUUUCUCUAUAAAAUCAUCCAGGUCUUCUCUGAGUACUUCAAAGAGCUGGAGGAGGAGAGCAUCAGGGACAACUUUGUCAUCAUCUACGAGCUGCUGGAUGAGCUGAUGGACUUUGGUUACCCUCAGACCACAGACAGCAAGAUUCUGCAGGAGUACAUCACUCAGGAGGGCCACAAGCUGGACACCGGGGCCCCUCGGCCUCCUGCCACUGUCACCAACGCCGUGUCCUGGAGGUCAGAGGGCAUCAAAUACAGGAAGAACGAAGUCUUCCUAGAUGUCAUAGAGUCGGUCAACCUGCUGGUGAGUGCCAAUGGUAACGUGCUGUGCAGUGAGAUCGUGGGCUCCAUCAAGAUGAGAGUGUUCCUGUCUGGCAUGCCGGAGCUGAGGCUGGGCCUGAACGACAAAGUCCUGUUUGAGAACACUGGACGAGGAAAGAGUAAGUCAGUGGAACUGGAGGACGUGAAGUUCCACCAGUGUGUCCGUCUGUCACGCUUUGAAAAUGACCGCACCAUCUCCUUCAUUCCUCCUGACGGGGAGUUUGAGCUCAUGUCCUACCGCCUCAACACACAUGUCAAACCACUGAUUUGGAUUGAAUCAGUCAUUGAGAAACACUCACACAGCAGGAUCGAGUACAUGAUCAAGGCCAAGAGUCAGUUCAAGAGGAGGUCUACAGCUAACAAUGUAGAGAUACACAUCCCGGUCCCCACUGAUGCUGACUCACCUAAAUUUAAGACCACUGUGGGCAGCGUCAAGUGGAUCCCAGAGAACAGUGAGAUAGUCUGGUCCAUCAAAUCCUUUCCGGGUGGUAAAGAAUACCUUAUGAGGGCUCACUUUGGCCUGCCCAGUGUGGAAGCAGAGGACAAAGAGGGCAAGGCUCCUAUCAGUGUCAAGUUUGAGAUCCCCUACUUCACCACCUCUGGCAUCCAGGUGCGCUACCUGAAGAUCAUUGAGAAGAGCGGCUACCAGGCCUUACCCUGGGUCAGAUACAUCACUCAGAAUGGAGACUACCAGCUGAGAACGCAGUAGUGACGCUGGACAGCCUGGACGUAAACACCGUCAGCUGGAGACACCAUAAAUAUUCACAGAUGAACAACUGGAUCAGCAGUCAGUCCCUCCAGGAAAUUUCAAAUCUUGCAGUCAGUGAUUUAUGUGAUACCUCAAACUAACAACACUCUGAUUUAUGGAGCUUGUGGGGAAGUGUGUAGUGCCUGAGAGUAACCGCUACCUGAUAGGCUGAAUAUAAGAGGCCCUCAAGACUCAGCUGCAACAUGGAUAUUUUAUAUAUGAUUUUGCAUAAAGAUGCCAUGUAUUCAGUGUUGGAAAAACAUUUCAGAAUAUCGAUUUGGACCACAUCGGUCAGUCCUGGUCAUGAAUAAACGGAUACUGCUUUUUCUCCACUGGCUUGCAGUUUUUCCACAAAAGCAAAUGGCAUCAUACUUUUUCAGAAGCUGCUGCAAAUUCAUUCAUUUCCAGCUUUCAAGUGUGUGAAUUUUUUUUUUUCUGAUUUAGAUUGAAAAAGAUCAAACCUGGCAACCUCACAUGUAGCCUCAGUUAGUGGUGGGAGACUGGAAGGAUAAGCCCUACAGGUGGUGAAUUGAUUCCACAUACGGGUACAGAUGUUACAGAGAAAUCCAACGAUGUGCAUUCACUUUAGCUGCUGUUGUAGCUUACAGACGUUUAUUUCCCACAGUGUCUUUUUUUCCUUUUGAACACUUUUACACAGUUCUGAAUUCAAAUGCAAAAUUUAAAAGCUCGGUGCCAUAAAACCAUCUAUGGCACUUUUCAUCUGAAAGCAGUGAGGCAAAGAGUGAAAUCUACUCUGACUUCAUCAGAGCCAUCAGCACUGAGACCUGUUGUCUUAUUGUUGCUCAUAGCAUGAGUCAGCAGUAAUUCACCUUCAUUCAGUCAGUACGGAACAGUGCAGGUGAUCAUACUGUUCAGCCAGUCUGCUAUCAGAGGAGCCAGCCAAACAAAGAGACAACUGGACACUGGUCGAGACAGGGACGGCUGGCUGAGAAUGAGUCAAAACACAACAAAGUGUGAGUCAAAAUACCCACAAGAUGAGACCAAGACCAGGCAUGAGUCCUACAGCUGGUGACUGGAUAGAAUUCUGAUUACUUUGAUUGAAAAUACAGAAUAAGAAUUACCCUGUAGAAUUACCCAUUGCUUAACAUGUUAGGCUUAACAUGUUACUCCUGUUUCUGUGCUGGAAACACACACACACAAAAAAAAAACUGAUAAAGGAAUGAUGAGUCUUCUCAUCUGACUCUCAUCUGGAAAUCAUCCAGCUGUUUUAAGUUGGUAUGCAGCUUUAAGCACAGCUGUAUUUUUUGGUUGUUUGUUGUCUUUCUUGCCUGUACGAUUAUUUGAUUGUUUCAACUUUAACCAACCAUAAACUGACUCCCUGCCCUCGCGUGUCAGAACCAUCGCUGGUCUUUUAGUGAAGAUGUGUGAGUUCCACUGUAGGCACUGACAAAAAGUUGCUGAGCUCAGCAAAGCCGUACUGUGGAGCAGCUUUACAUAAUUAUUGAAAAGUGUUCACUGCCUGAUAAUUAUUUAAAGGGGGUAGGACAGGAAGUUAAGCUUGUGCCAGCUAUGAAUGAAUGAAUGUAUGUGUAGGACAAACUUAUGAUUGUAGUUCCCUGGAUCCCUCUUCUGAACCCCCAGUCUCAGAUGUCACUUGCACGUCUUUACAAAUGUCGACCUCUCGUCUGACAGCCAAUCAGUGUUGAUGAAUGUAUCAUAAAGAUGCUGAUUUCAUUUGAUUGAUAGUUUAAAACAUCUUGAUAAAGUAAGUCAUAAAGUAAGAAAUUUAACAGUCUAAUAUUAUUUACACAGCAAUAUCUAUUUACAUUAACAUUAACAAGCUACAUAUCAUAGCAGACCAAGCAGAUGUGCUCCUGUGUUUACUGGAUUCAGAAAGGGUGUGAUUUAUUUCUCACAUAUGUCAGUAGCGGCAUGGUUGACGGAAAUAUUUGUUCCUCUGUAAUGAAAGAAAAAUUACAAGGCUCCAGUUUCAAAUGCCCAGCUACGUUUAUAAUAAGCAUUUUUCCCUGUUGUCAAACAGUGUUUCAAUAUGCCUUUGUGUCAUCAGCACAGUGUUACAUGUCAUGGUAGUGUGACAGAUUGGAGCUGAGAUGAGAUGAGUGGUGAAUAAAAAGGACUGAAGUGAUUAAGAGUGUUCACACUUUUCCCAUGACAGUACAAUGCACAGCUGUAGUGUGUCGUGAAUUAAAAAAAAAAAAAAAUCUAUAUCUGCUGGAAUUGUUGUUGUUUUUUUAAGCAGACACAUUUAUUCCAGAAAUUUAAAAGUUAAUAUUUAGAUUGUAGCUGCUUUAAUUUCUAUCUUAGAAGUUCCCAAAUGACAUUACAUCCACCAGCGGUUGACAUGUAAUGUAAUGAUGAAU